AAAAUACAUGCCAUGCGUUAUGUGUUUGGAAUUGGAAAACGCCCAUGGUUUUAGCGUCAUUGUUAGUAUUGGGUGUAUUUAUAAUAAUUAAUAACGGAGCUUAAGUUAAACACAUAAAUAUAUGUGAAGUCAAUAAAAAAAAAGUAACUUUAAAGUAUUCAUACAAAACAAAAGCUUUAUUUAAUAUGGAAGUUAACGUGUAAGCAGUGCAUUUAUAUCAAAUAGAAGAAUUAAAAUUAUCUAAAAGAUGAUUUCUUAUAUUCGUCUAACGUUAGUGAUCAUUUGCCUUCUAUUGGGCGUUGUUGGUCAAUAUGAAUGGCAAUUGAGAGAUUCAUUUGAUGAAAUUCGAUUCAAAAUGGAUAAAGUUAAUGCCGAUAACUGCCCUAUACAAUAUCUUGGUGAUCUAUAUUUACCAGAAGAUUCUGUAUCGCAUUUACCAGAUAUAAAGGAUAUUAAUAUUAAUCCAGUAUUUCCAAAUAGAACAGCUCUGUUACAUUUACAUAAUAUGGCAUUGAGCAGAUCUUUCUUUUGGAGUUAUAUACUUCAAUCUCGAUUUAUAAGACCAGCUAUUAAUGAUACUUAUGAUCCAGGCAUGAUGUAUUACAUAUUAUCUACGGUUGCUGAUGUAUCUGCUAAUCCAUAUAUAAAUGCUUCUGCUAUCUAUUUUGCACCAAAUAUGUCAUAUUCUCCAUCCUAUAGAGGAUUCUUUAAUAAAACAAUGCCAAGGUUUGCACCAAGAACAUUCAGAGCUGAUGAUUUUAAUGAUCCUAUACAUCUUGAAAGAAUAUCUACUCGUAAUACGUUUACUGUACAAGAUCUUGGUGCAUUUCCUAGUGAUACUCUUAGCAAAGAUUAUACAACAGAUUACUAUAGAAUAAAUGAAUGGUACAGAAAAUGGUUACCUGAUAAUGUAGAAAAAAGACAUGAUACAAAAGCUACUUAUCAAGUUGAAAUUCGUUAUGCUAAUAAUACUAAUGAAACUUUUACAUUCCAUGGACCUCCAGGUGCUGAUGAAUAUCCUGGACCUGUGAAAUGGACUAGACCUUACUUUGAUUGUGAAAGAUCCAAUCGUUGGCUUGUUGCUGCUGUAGUACCAAUUGCAGAUGUGUACCCACGACAUACAGGAUUUAGGCAUAUUGAAUAUCCAACAUAUACUGCUGUGUCUGUAUUGGAAAUGGAUUUUGAUAGAAUAGAUAUAAAUCAAUGUCCAAAAGGUAAAGGAAAUAAUGGACCAAAUAGAUUUGCGAAUACUACGCGAUGUAAAAUAGAAACUACAGAGUGUGAACCAUUGCAUGGAUGGGGAUUUCGAAGAGGGGGAUAUCAAUGUAGAUGCAAGCCAGGUUAUAGAUUACCAACCGUUGUACGUCGACCAUAUCUUGGAGAAAUUAUUGAAAGAGCAACACAAGAACAAUAUUAUAAUGGAUUUGAUUGUAGCAAAAUAGGAUGGAUUCAAAAAAUGCCAGUACAAUGGUAUAAGGCAAAGUAUUAUAUUAGAGAGAGAUAUCUCGAGCAGUAUUAUCAAUAUAGAAACCUUACAACAGGCCCUGACAAUUUAAAUUCGGAGAAAAUAAAUAUUGAUCAAACUUUAAAAUUCAUUACCAGUAUAAAUGCAAGAACAUGUAAAAAGUAUUCGGCACAAGAUUUAGUCUUGGAUGGUGAUAUAGGUUAUGGAGCAAAAGAAUUUUUCGAAAAUGAAGCAAAAAUGGCAACCAGACUUGCUAAUUUUAUUAGUGCAUUUCUUCAAAUAUCUGAUUCACAUGAAGUUUAUUCUGGUAAAAGAGUGGCCGAUAAACCUCUUACGGAAGAUCAAAUGAUAGGUGAAACACUAGCUUUAAUUCUUGGAGAUACCAAAAUCUGGUCUGCAGGAACAUUUUGGGAUAGAAAUAAAUUUACUAAUAGAACAUUUUUUGCACCGUUUGCUUAUAAAACUGAACUGAAUACACGGAAGUUUAAACUCGAAGACUUAGCUAGAUUAAAUGACACAGAUGAAGUUUAUACUAGAAAGAAUUAUUUUCAAUUUUUGAAACAAAGAUGGGCAGCGAAUUUUGAUGAUUUGGAGAAAUUCUUCAUGCAAAUAAAAAUUAGAUAUAAUGAAACAGGUGAAUAUCUUAAAAAGUAUGAACACUACCCAAAUUACUAUCGAGCAGCAAAUCUGAAUCAUGGUUACUGGACAGUUCCAUACUUUGAUUGCGAUGGUAAAGUGAAAAAAUGGUUAAUUACUUAUGCAUCUCCAUUUUUCGGUUGGGAUAGCCUAAGAGAAAAAUUAGAAUUUAAGGGUGUGGUUGCCGUUUCAGUGGAUUUACUUCAAUUGGAUAUUAAUCAAUGUGAUGAUAAAUUUUACAGUCCAAAUGCAUUUAAAGAUACACAUAAAUGUCAUAAGAAAACAUCAUAUUGUGUACCCAUUCUUGGCAGAGGUUUUGAAACUGGUGGAUAUAAAUGUGAAUGUAAACAAGGCUUUGAAUACCCUUUUGAAGACUAUAUUACAUAUUAUGAUGGGCAGCUAGUAGAGGCAGAGUUUAGUAAUAUUGUCAAUGAUGAAGAAACAAGGUACGAUAUGUUCAAAUGCCGUAUAGCUGGUGCAUCUUCAAUCCAAGCAAGUUGGGUUAUAAUUCUAUCAUUACUAAUACGAUUAAUCCAUUGCUUAGGAGAUAAAUAUAAGAUCUUGUCAGAUUUAUAUUAUGUAAAAUUGUUUUCCAUUAGUAAUAUGACUUAUGUUAGAUGAGUAUUUUCAUAUGCCGUCCAUAUUUUUAUGUUUAGUCUUUUUAAAGAAUCAUUAAUAAUUAUGAUAAGUAUCUAUAAAAUAUUAAUAAAUUUUAAGAGAUUUCUAAUAUAAAAUAUUUUAUAUGAAUCUAUUCAAAUUUAU